UUUCUGAUUCUAAAUGUUAAAAAUAAAUAUUAUUUAUGCAAAAAACUUAUACAACCUACUAAAACGGCUUAUAUACUAUAUAAAUAAAUAGGAGGGGCACCAAAAAGUCCAAACUUUCCAAGUGGAGGACGUCAAGGAUUUGUUUCGUUGAAUUGAAAAAUUCUUGCAAGAAUGCUCUUCAGGAGUUUACAAUGUAGCAAACUUCAGGGUCUGAACCUAAGGGGUUUUGCAUCGGUAACUCCUCAAGAAGUACUUAAGCCUGGGGAUGUGUUGAGAAAAGCAAGGGCUUUUACUGAGGAAGAUGUUCUGCAGUACUCCAAGGUGAGUUUUGAUUGUAAUCCUUUGCACCUUGAGUCUGCUGCUGCCAAAGACGUUGGAUUUGAAGGUCCAGUGGUACACGGGAUGCUUGUGUCUUCUCUCUUUCCCCAUAUCAUCUCCACACAUUUUCCUGGAGCUGUGUAUGUAUCUCAAAACUUGAAUUUUAAGUUUCCGGUCUAUAUUGGAGAUCAGAUUAUUGGGGAAGUGCAAGCAACUACUCUUAGAGCAAAUAGAAAUCGAUAUCUUGCAAAAUUUAAGACAAGGUGCUUGAAGAAUGGUGAACUUAUUGUCAUUGAUGGUGAGGCUGUGGCUUUGUUACCAACCUUGAAGUUGAGAACAACACAAGGAGCCGUAACAGAUCUUCAGGGUUCUAACUGUUAGUCAUUAAUACCUUUUUCCAAGGGAAUGUUAGACCUUCAAUUGCUACAGUUGUUGUUUGUGUUUUAAUGGAGACUUGUAGUCAUUGAUCAUGGGUUCUAAAAUGUGAUCCUGAACAAAAAGACAUAAAAAAUUGUUCUUUGUUAUUCUAUUCUUGCUGAUGAAAACACUCAUUCUUGGUUGUUUGGUGGGUAUGCCUUUUGAUCAUAUUUCACGAUGCAUGCUGUUCCAAAUCAAAGAGCACAAAGAGACAGUCUUGUUGA